CCGAGUUCCCUCUUCGUUUUUCUCCGCACCUCCUUCCUCGCUAAGGAAAGCACAUUCAAGAGCCAGACCCCUCCAACCCCAAAGCCCCUCCCUAGUCCGAAUCAGAUCUAACAAUUUCCCCCAAACCCCAAAAAAAGAAGAAAAAAUGGCUCUAGAAUGGGUUGUGCUAGGUUACGCCGCGGGUGCUGAAGCUAUUAUGGUGCUCCUCCUAACAAUCCCGGGCCUCGACGGACUCCGCAAGGGCUUGAUCGCGGUGACACGCAACCUCCUGAAGCCGUUCUUGUCGGUGGUGCCGUUUUGCCUCUUCCUUUUGAUGGAUAUAUACUGGAAAUACGAGACGCGCCCUCACUGCGAAGGCGAUUCCUGCAGUCCCUCCGAACACCUCCGCCACCAGAAAUCCAUCAUGAAGAGCCAACGCAACGCGCUUCUCAUAGCCGCCGCUCUUAUCUUCUACUGGCUUCUUUACUCUGUUACCAACCUUGUUGUUAAGAUCGAGCAGUUGAAUCAGCGCGUCGAGAGGCUUAAAAAUCGCGAUUGAGAUAAGUGCUUAGUUUGAGAACUGUGUAUGUGGGUCUUUACGAUAUUUUGUUAAAAUUUCCUCUCUGAUGUGUUUGGAUCAUUUGGAGGAUUCAUGUGAUAAGAAUUAUAUGUUGUUACUGCUGCAUCUUUGGUUUUAAAUUUUUGAUUUGAUAAAAAGUUAGGGUUCCAGGGUACGGCUAUGUUAUAAGUUUGUUUUAAUUCAAUAUCGAAAGCUGCUUUUGGAGUUGGAAUUGA